AUGGCUACCAACAUCCUGUCUGCCUCCUGUCGCCAGAGCCUGCUCGGCCGGACAGCCCGACUCGGCCAGCAGACCCGACAGCUUCAACUCGUGCCCGGCACCGCUUAUCGUCGAAUGGCCUCGGAAGCAACCCCGGCUUUUCGUGCAUCAAAAUCGGCCUCGUCGUCGGCACGGAACCGGCACUUUUACGCCAUGGCUGCCGCCUUCCCGCUGGCAAUCUUCUCCCUGGAUAGCCGUCCAGCCGGGCUCUCUCUCGUCCCCGAAGCAUCCCAAGAAGCGCAGCGUCCCUCGCCCGGAUACCAUCUGCCGCUGAAUGCGCAACUCGCCACCCAGAUCUCCAAAGGCAGCCUCUCCGGCUUUCUGGCCGGCCUCCUGGUCAGCAUCUUCUCUCGGAGUCUUGUGCUCCUCUUGGGUGUCGCCAUCAGCUUGCAGAGCGUGGCUGCAAAGCUCGGCGUUGACCUUGUCCACACGCUGAAGCUCAAGGAGCGCGCAAACUCUUCCAAGAUCCUGACUGCUCUCUCCAGAAACACGGCCUUUAAGCUCUCGUUUGGCAUUGCCUUUACGUUGGCAGCUUUCGCACACUUCUAG